AUGAAUGCUGCGAUGUCUGCGGAAUUAAAUGUCCCAAAGGAUGUUCUACAGCCAUUGCUAAAGGCUUCAAAUUCGUCAACAUUGAGUGAAGCCUUAGAAAAGCUUAUUGUUGUUUCAAAAAGCGAUGAUGGACGAUCAGAUCUUGCAUCGAAGCAUAUACUCCCAAUUGUACUCCAGCUACUUCAGCAUCUCUCGUAUCCAUCGGCACAUCCUGUUCUCUUGUUGUCUCUUAGACUUCUCAGAAAUCUAUGUGCAGGAGAUGCGGUGAAUCAGAACUUGUUCAUUGAGCAGAACGGUGCUGCAAUCGUUUCUAGUGCAAUCAAUUCUGUGGGCUAUGAUUCUGAUAAUUCAGCUUGCACAAUUGUACGCACUGCCUUACAGGUGCUAGCAAAUGCUUCACUUGCCGGGAAGGAAAGUCAGCGUGUAAUAUGGGACCAAUUUUUCCCUGAUUUUUUUCUCAGAAUCGUUAGUAUUCGCAGAAGGGAAACUUGUGAUCCUUUGAGUAUGAUUAUUUGUACUUGUUGUGAUGGAAACAUUUACUUGUUUUCUGAGCUUUGCAGAAAUCCAGGAUUGGCUAUCAUUGUUAAAAUUGUUCGUACAGCUUCAGAAGUUGGAUUUGGAGAAGAUUGGGUCAAGAUACUACUGUCAAGAAUUUGUUUGGAGGAAUCUCAUUUACCUGCAUUGUUCCAGUAUCUAAAUGAUGACUUUAACAAACUAGAAGAUCAUCAAAGUAGAAAUAUUCAUUUUACAGGAGACCAAGCUUUCCUUUUGCGCAUUGUGUCUGAAAUUUUGAAUGAAAGACUCGAGGAUAUUCAUGUUGGUUCGGAGUUUGCUUUAUAUAUUCUUGGGUUGUUUAAGAAUGCUAUCAAAGCUAUCGAUUUUUACACCAAGGGCCAGUCAAAGCUGCCCACUGGCGUCCCUUCUAUUGAUGUCCUUGGAUACUCGCUCAUUCUUUUGAGAGAUGUAUGUGCGCAAGGGAGUAAGACAGUUUCUGAAGAGAACGAAAUUCUAGAUGUUGUAGCUUCAUUAGUGUCUAGGGGGCUUUUGGAUUUGCUAUUAUCCCUACUCAAUGAGCUUGAAUUACCAACAUCAAUCAGGAAAACUAUGAAACCGGAUAUGAACCAAGUGCCAUCUUCUUAUUCGCCAAAGAUGUGUCCAUACCAGGGUUUCAGAAGAGACAUUGUUGCAGUCAUCGGAAAUUGUUUAUACAGAAGGAAAAAUGUACAAGAUGAAGUGAGAAAAAAGAACUGUAUAUUUCUUCUUUUACAGCAAUGUGUUCUCGAUGACGAUAAUCCCUUCUUAAGGGAAUGGGGCAUAUGGUGUGCCAGCAAUUUGUUGCAAGGUAAUGAUGAUAACAAGCAGAUUGUUGCUGAUAUGGAGAUGCAAGGCAUUGUAGAGGUUCCUGAACUUGCUAAGCUAGGCCUGCAGGUUAAAAUUGACCCCAAUACUAGACGUGCUACGCUUGUAAAUAUAACUUGAGCUGCUUUAGCGUAGGGCGUAGGGUAUUGACUUAGUAGUUUUAGUUG